AUGGAGUUCCACAAAACCCUAGACCUCACUCUCGUCUCCGCAAAGGGACUAAAGAAAGCUAGCAGCAUCUACGGCAAACUUCAUGUCUACGCCGUUGCAUCCAUCUCAGGAACAGGCUACAAGGUUCAAAAGUUCAAAACCCCGAUUCACAAAGACGGUGGUUCAGACCCCACGUGGAAUUUCCCCAUGAAGUUCACUGUUAAUGAAGCCGCAGGCCUUGAGAACCGCCUGACCCUCGUGGUAAAGAUCAAGGGUGCAAGAAUGUUCUUGGAUAAGAAUUUGGGAGAAGUUCGUGUGCCGAUCAAAGAGCUUCUUCAAGGCGUAAAACCCGAAGAGAAGACGGUGCAGAAUGUGAGUUAUGAGGUGAGAGGGAGGUAUGGUGAACUAGAAGGAGUUGUCAGUUUUUCCUAUAAAUUUGGGGGAUCUGGUUCUGUUUAUCUACCGCAGGCGGUGCGUGGAGCGGGUGGACAUGCGAGCUCUGGUAAUGGGUUUGGAACCGGUUUUGUUGAUGGGUCGUUGAUCAGUAAUGUUGCUAACAGCGGUAAUGGUGGUGUGAGACGUGCGAAGUCUUUUCCUACGGUCUCCAAACGUGUGUUCAAAAGCCGAGUUCAUGCACCUUUAGUUCCUUAA